GCUGCCACUUCGGACAUGUUUGAGGACGAUUUAUUAAGCCAGAGGGCCCGUGCCUUCCCCCUCACACACGGGCUUAUGCCUACCCCUCAGGCUUUCUCUUUCGGCUUUCCCGUACAUCCAGCACACGACCCCAUGUCUCUGGCUGUUGGUCAGAGUCAACAGUUUGGGGGUUACCCUCCGAUCCCGACAUCCCACGACCACAAGCGAAUGUUGUCCGGACCACAGAGAGACACAGCCGACAAGAACAUCAAGAUCACGCUAGAGAAUCGCGAUCUAUGGACGAAGUUUCAUAAUCUAGGCACUGAGAUGAUUAUCACCAAAACCGGAAGGCGAAUGUUUCCCACACUAAAAGUCGGCCUGGAAGGUUUGGAUCCACACUCAAAAUACAUUCUGCUCAUCGACAUUGUCCCGGUUGACGACUGUCGUUACAAAUAUCACAACUCGGAAUGGGUGGUCACCGGAAAGGCAGAACCGCACAUGCCCGGACGACUCUACAUACAUCCGGAUUCUCCAGCUUCCGGGGCCCACUGGAUGAAGCAGCCGAUGUCAUUCCACAAACUCAAACUCACUAACAAUAACUUGGAUCAAAACGGACAUAUCAUCCUGAAUUCCAUGCACAAAUACCAGCCGAGGAUCCACGUUGUUCAGGCAAACGAUAUCUUCACAAUGAGGUGGAAUUCCUUUAACACUUACGCCUUUGAUGAAACGACAUUCAUCGCAGUCACGGCCUACCAGAAUGAACAGAUAACUCAGUUGAAGAUUGACCAUAACCCGUUUGCCAAAGGUUUCCGCGACAAUGGCAUGGGUCGACGAGAUCAUCGGAUGAAUCUUAAAAGACCGAGUAGUGAGGGAGCGGACGGGGAUUUCGAAAAAGAUGCCGAAGAUAACUGUGCAAAGAAGCAGAGAACAGACGAAGUCGACAUUGAUGUUGGUGUCAACCGCCGCACGUCAUUCGAUGAGAAAAUCCCCAAGAAAGAAAUUCUCGAGUCUGAUCAAAGGAUUGGGGAAGCCAUUUCUCCAGGAACAGACGACCUCAACCCAUGUCACGUGAUUGGCAAGUCAAACGCUGGAAGCAGUCAUGCCCAAGGCUUCAACAAGACAACGCCCUCGUCGACGCCGUCUCCCUCCGCCACCAGUCCCCACUGGGGAGUUGCAAAGGUGUCUCCGUACGGCCAUGGGGGUCAGCACAGCAUGCCAGGUGCGGACCAGAUCUACUUUCCUCAUCACUCCUCCACCGGUAUGAAGAUGUCCUCAGGGACAUACCUGCCGUCCUCAGGGUCGGGCCUACUCCAGCCAGUCACCUCAAGCCUCUCUCUACACGGGAUGAACUCCCAGCUUCAGGCCUGUCGACUGUCCGGUCAGGCAUCUAACAACACCUGCGCUCUCACCCAGUCCUCAGCUCACCUUGGCGGAUCCUCUGGGGGAUACGGCAUGAGGACCUCACCCUCACAGGUUCACGGUAACCUCCCUUCUUGUACCUACAUGCAAACGGCGCAGGGGUACCCAGGACACUUUGGGGCCAGCAUGUCAAUGAUGAACAUGAACUUUGCUGGACCAAUGGCGUGA